GGCGCUGGUGGGGUGGGGGCGUCCAGGGACUCAAUGGCCGGCGGGGAGUCCGCGGAGUUAUCAUGGAAGGAAUGCUCUCUAAGUGGACCAAUUAUCUGAGCGGAUGGCAGCCACGUUGGUUUGUUCUCAAUGGUGAAAUUCUGUCCUAUUAUGACACCGAGGAGGAUACAUGGAAGGGCUGCAAAGGCAGCAUUAAGAUGGCAGUAUGUGAAAUACAAGUACACACCGGUGACAGCACAAGAAUGGAGCUGAUCAUCCCAGGAGAGCAACAUUUCUACCUGAAGGCGAUUAAUGCUGCUGAGAGACAAAAAUGGAUUGUUGCCUUGGGGUCAUCCAAGGCUUGUCUAAUGGAUAGUAGGACAAAGAGAGAGAAAGAAAUAGGUGAAAAUACAGAAUGCUUGAAAAAGAAGAUAUCCGAACUGAGAUUAUAUUGUGAUCUUCUCCUCCAGCAAGUGAACACCUUAAAAGAAAAUACACAACUGGAUCAGUCUAAAGAUACAACCAGUUCAGAGAUUGAUAUGGGAGCUCUUCUAAGAACAACUUGCAACUCCUUCAUGAAAACAUUGGAAGAGUGCAUGCAAAUUUCAAACACUACCUUUGGACCUGAACUGUUGUAUCCCACACACCUAGACUCCCUGCACAUGGCUAUCAUGAAACCAAACCGGGUUAAGCAUCCUCCUCUGCCCAAUUGCAGUGCUGUGGAAAGGAGGAAAGAGCUAAACAACAAUUGUCAAAAUGGGUCAGCAAUAGAAGAAGCCAACGUUAAUACUUGGAAACGGGAACUGAGUGAAAACCAUGAUCAACAUGAAGUAAUUUCAAGACGGGAGAGUGUAGAAAAUGGUACAGAGGGGAUAAUGGAUCUUUCCAAAUCAGAAGAUGUGGCCACUGAGGAGACCGGGGUGAAUGUUGAACUCCAGCCGUCUGCAUCAACUACUGAAGAUGAGAUCGAGGAGUGCAGUCAGGAGGAACUGGACAGUGCAUCACCUCCCACAGAAGAGAAGGAAGAAAAGAUUGAAACGUUUUUUAGUGCGAUGGAACAAAGAUUUAAUGAUAUUGAAUUUGAAGAAGACAAGGGUAUCCCAACUGUGCCGUUUCUGGAAGCAUGUUAUGCAAUAGUUCCAGUAUUAGAUAAACUUGGUCCAACAGUCUUUGCACCUGUUAAGUUAGAUUUUGUGGGUAAUAUUAAGAAAGUAAAUCAGAAGUACAUCACUGAUCCUGAAAGGUUCACCACACUUCAGAAGAUAGUACUGUAUGAAAUUGAAACAGAUGUGGCCACAGUCAGAAACUCUGCAACUGAGGCCCUGCUUUGGCUGAAAAGAGGACUGAAAUUUCUGAAAGGAUUUUUGGAGGAAGUGAUGAAUGGAGAAAAGGACAUCCAAACAGCACUAAAUGUUGCCUAUGGAAGAACACUACGGCAAUACCACGGUUGGGUUGUUAGAGGUGUGUUUGCGUUGGCAUUAAGGGCUGCCCCGUACUAUGAAGGUUUCAUGGCAGCACUUGCUGUAAAUGAAGGUGAUGAGCAGAAGGAAUAUUUCUGUAGAGGAUUGCAGACUGAUUUAAGCGACUAUCUUCCAGCUAUAGAGAAGCAACUGGAUAUCUUGGAUGCUUUGUAUGAAGAAUACAAUUUAGAAUCCGAUGAAGUGGUAUAAAAAUAAACUGGAAUUUUUCAUAACAUCAACUUUUUAAGGAAGAAAUUUUGAUUUUGGAGCAAGCUGGAUGUGGGAGAAAGGAAAUCUAUCUCUGGACCAAAGUUGUAGCAAAAAUAGUUUUGGAUUAUAUACUUGCCUGUUUUACAUUUAGACGGCAUUCUGUUUAAUUGCCAAGGUAUAGGAAAGUGUUUACUGAAUUAUGAUGGGGAAAUAGAACUAAAUUUCUGUGUGACUGACUACUGCAGAAUUUAAAACAUUCACGUGAAUAUGAGGCCGAUCUUUUUGAAGAUCUUUGAUUUUUCUCUGGAGCCAAACACUACCUUUAUAAAUUCUUGUUGUCAAAUAUUUUAACGUGUUCUGAAGCAGCACUAAACGCUAUGCUCAUAAAUUCAUAAAACAGCCCUGAAACAAAAUGUCAAUGUUCUUUUAUCUUGCGACUCUAUUAACAUCUAAAAUUUGCUAAAAUUGACUAAGCUCCACAAAACGUUCACAUCUUGUUACAGAAUGUGGUUUGCUUUGGUGUACUUUAGUUGUUCACAAGCUAUGGUGAAUAGUGUAAUAAAUUGAGCAGUAGUUAUUCAUUUUUAGGCUUUUCUUAAACGUCAUUCAUUCAGAAAGGGCUUACCUACAAAUAGCUGCAGUUGGUCCGAUCAUACAGUUUAUGAAUUGAAUGAGUUUAUGAUAUAAUAAGGGACUACAAUGUGUUGUGAACAAAGGCAAAAUCUUACAUUUCAAUUCAUAUGCUAACUCAUCAUCAUGUAUUGAUGUACUGAGAUAAUUUGCUUUUGUUUUUCGUACAAAACUACCCAAUGGCGAGUUCUGCUGAAUUUGUUUUUCAAAUUUCAGGUUAGAAAGAAAUCUUUGAUUUGACCUUUUUGGAGCUUUAACAAUUGCGAUUUUGUCUGUUUUUUCCAUACUAGUCCAUACAUUUAAUUGAUCAUAUUUUAUCCUUAUAAACCAUUCCAAUCUAAGACAGGCCUAAGAAUUUCUGUAGUGGCGUGAUCGUAACCUAAAAAGCAUCGCACCUUAUGAAGUGACAUUUUAUUUUAAGUGAGUCAUGUACAUGCCAAAGUUGUCCACUACUUUAAUAUGGACUGAAUAUGACAUAGCUUUCACUAGGCAUAUGUAGACCAUUGACUGAGGAGGUCAUUGCAGUGACCGUAAGAUAGACCACUUGAUGGACACUGGCUAUUAAGACUUUGGACAAAAAAACAUUCAGGGAAAGGCCUGGCUUUGAAAGGAAUGUAGUAGAGGAUGCUGACAUGAACAAUUUAGAAGAAACAUUACGAAUUUGCCAACAUUACCUUUUUGGCCAAUGUAUUGUUGUGUCCAUUUGCCAUGGGACAUGACUGAGCUAACCUGAUUUAGUGUAGUUUUUAGAAGCCUUCUGUAAUGCAGAAAAUGAACAGUGUGCUUAACAUUUGCAGUUAUAGCCAUUUGAAUUUAUUUAACUGAGAAAUGCACUGUAUGUAUAUACUGGAUAUAUUUUGUACUUAUUUAAUAAAAAGUUGCACUUUUAUUCUAA